GAAUAAAAGUGUCACGCCAGACUCGCGCUGAGUUCUUCUUAGGUUUUCAUCUUCCGGUUUCUGUGGCGGAGAGCGGCAGUAGCUGCUCUUAGCAUCUCCUUUCUCCAACCCGGCUAAUUCCAUUUGGUGCAAGUCGUUUGAAGAGUUUGCAUGAGUUUAGGCUUUGAUAAUGGCAAAGGCAAAAAAUCAGUUUGUCUUCUUUGACAUAUCUUUUGAUGGCGGAUCUCCCAGAAGAAUGGUCUUUGAGCUCUUCUAUGAUGUUGCCCCCAAGACGUCCGAAAACUUUCGUGCUCUUUGCACAGGUGAAAUGGGUGUGGGCCGUACAACAGGGAAACCGCUUCAUUAUAAAGGAUCAAUCUUUCAUCGUAUUAUUCGAGGAUUCAUGGCACAGGGAGGAGAUUUUUCAAAACGAGAUGGAACUGGUGGAGAGAGCAUCUAUGGUGGAAAAUUUGCAGAUGAAAAUUUUGUUCUGCGCCAUGAUGGUCCAGGACUUCUAUCAAUGGCAAAUGCUGGACGUGACACAAAUGGUUCCCAGUUUUUUAUCACUUUUAAGGCCACUCCCCACCUUGAUGGGAAGCAUGUUGUCUUUGGAAAGCUCAUCAAGGGACAUGAAGUUUUGAAAAAGAUGGAGCGUGUUGAAGUUGAUGAUAGUAGACCUUGUGUUCCAGUAAAGAUAGUUGAUUGCGGUGAGUUGCACGAUGGAAAACUUCAAGGAACACUGACUGAAAAUGACAAAAAGAAGAGCAAGUCCAAGUCGGGCAAGGAUGGGUCUUCUGAUGGUGAUUCUGAUGAAGGAAAGCGGAAGAGGAAGCAUAAGAAGUCUAACAAAGGGAGAAAAAAAAGGAAAAGAAGACGACACUAUUCUUCAGAAUCUGACAGUUCAUCUGAUUCCGACACUGAACCUUCAGAGACUGAUAGUGAGACAGAUUCUUACUCAUCUUCAAGUGAUAUUAGUAGUUCAAGUGAUGAGAGAUACAGGAGAAGGAAAAAAUAUUCAAGGCGUGACAAGUACAAGCGUGCAAAAAGAAAAAGAGAUAAGAAGCGUGAGAAAAGACGGAGAAGGCGUGCCAAAAGAUCAAGACGCAAAUCAAGAAGGGUGUCAGGUAAUGAUACUGAAACGGAGAGUUUGAGUGAGACGAGCUCUAAGGAAGAUGAAGACGGUGGACAUGGACGGGCUCGGAAGUCCCAUUUAUCCUCUCAUAUUUCAGUUGAUAAUCAGACCAUUAUAAUCUCAGAGAAAGAAGCUACUACUAGUCUUCCAACACUAGAGGAUUCCAUUUUGAACCCGUCAGUAGAAUUAGUUAAAUUGUCUAGAGAGAAUGGGGAGCUGCGCAGCAAUGGCAUCACAGAAGCAAAAUCUGAUCGAAGUACAGAUUUUCUGUCUGCAGUUGGUGACAAACAUAUCAAAUCUAGGAGCCAUACCAGUAGUCCUAAGAAAUCUAUGAGCAAGAGUAUGAGCAUAAGUCCCAGGAGUCAAAGCAAAAGUCCACGUGCAAGACCCAAGAGGUCUAUUAGCAGGAGCCCUCCUCGGAGUCCCAAUAAAAGCCAGGGCCACGCAUCUCAAAAAGUUUUUGUUAGAAGUCCAGUUAGAAGUAUCAGCAGAAGCUCUGGUAGGAGCAUCAGCAAAAGCCCACGUAUGGGCAUUAGCAGAAGCCCAGGGAGAAGCAUCAGUAGAAGCCCUCCUAGAAGCGCCAGUAGAAGCCCAAUCAGGAGAAGCAUUAGCAGAAGUCCAAUCAGGAGGAGCAUAAGCCAGAGCCCAAUCCGAAGAACCAAAAGCCCAGUUGCAGAUGACAGAAGUCCUCUAGAAGCCCGUCAAAGAAGCAGUAGCCGAAGCCCUGCAAGGUCCCUGCCCCGAAGAAGUGAUAGUAGGAGCUCUGGAAGGGUUCCUGCUCGAGUAAGUGUAAGCAGAAGCCCUGUUAUACAUGAAAGACGCAGUAUCAGCAGAAGUUCAUUGAGAUCUGCACGGAGAAAGAGUAUCAGUAGGAGUCCUGUGAAAUCCUCACAUAGAACUGCUAGUAGAAGCCCAUUCAGGGAUACUCGUAGAAGCACCAGCCGAAGCCCUGUAAGAUCAACUGGAAGAGUCGCAAGUCGAAGUCCUAUAAGGCAGAGGUCACGAAGAAGUUUGACUAGAAGUCCAGUUAGGAGGAGUUUAUCAAGAAGUGCUUCACCAGAUGGAUCACCUAAGCGCAUCAGAAGAGGGAGAGGUUUUAGUCAGCGUUAUUCCUAUGCAAGGAGAUAUCGCACCCCAUCACCUGACCGUUCCCCUGUCAGAUUGCAUCGAUAUGGCGGAAGGAAUGAGAGGGAUAGAUAUUCAAGCUACAGAGGUUACCGUGAUCGAUCUCCACCUAGGAGAUAUAGGACCCCUCCCAGGUAUAGAGCUAGAAGAAGCAGAAGCAUUUCAAGAAGCCCUAUCAGUUACCGUGGCAGACCAAAAGGUGGAUACAGCCGUAGCCCUAUACGCAGCCGCUCACCUCCAUCAGAUCGGCUGAUGAGAUCUCAUGGUAGCUACCGGGAUGCACCUCGUUCUGAGAAGCCAAGGUCAAUUUCUGCAAGCAGGAGUCCGUCGGGAUCUCGCUCCAGGUCUAGAUCGCGGUCGUCUCCUGAUACUCCCUCUCCAAAACUAGCCAGCAAGGAGAAGUCGGUGUCAAGGUCUCCAUCAAGCAGUCCUCGGGAUGGGAAGAAAGGAUUGGUCUCUUAUGGCGAUGGCUCCCCUGAUUCUGCUGGGCAGAAGUGAGGGUUUCAGGUAUCUGUACUAGUUUUUAGUUAUUGUUUGUGAUGAGAGAACCAGUCCUGGAUCCACCAUAUAAAUGCUUAUUUAGUGCUUGACAUUUCUAGGAAAUCUAGUUCUGGGUUGUUCCAUGCAACUAAAUUUGCUCUGUUACUGAUUUUGAUGUUUAUGUUGCACUUUAUUUUUUUUUUUUGGGGGUUCGUCUGUACUUGAUAUUUGUAGGAUCUUGUAAGUUUAAUUCUCGUGAUAUUCUGUUUCUAGGAAUUGGUGAAGAUCCUUGUGUUGUUGUUUAGAUGCUUCUGAUUUUAUGUGAGAAAGUUGGUGAUA